CGCAGUGCAGGCCGGCGGAGGGAUUUGAGCUCGAGUGCACCCCUUGCCGCUGUCGCGAACUGAGGCCGCGCGGGCUCGUGAGCGGCGGCCUGGUGCGCGCGCUGGGCAGGCGGUGGAGUUUGCUGGACGCGGACGCCGCCGAGUCGAAGCCAAAGCAGGAGUUCUUGCUGCUGAGGGGCCUCCGCGAGGCCCCCGACCGUCUCCAGGCCGAGGAGGGCGCCGCGCGGCAGACUUGGCAAGAUGACCCAGUUUCUGCCACCCAACCUUCUGGCCCUCUUUGCUCCCCGUGACCCCAUCCCAUACCUGCCACCCCUGGAGAAACUGCCACACGAGAAGCACCACAAUCAACCUUACUGUGGCAUUGCGCCCUACAUCCGGGAGUUUGAGGACCCUCGAGAUGCUCCUCCCCCAACUCGAGCAGAAACCCGGGAGGAACGCAUGGAGAGGAAGAGACGGGAAAAGAUUGAGCGGCGACAACAGGAAGUGGAGACAGAGCUUAAAAUGUGGGACCCUCACAAUGAUCCCAAUGCUCAAGGUGAUGCCUUCAAGACUCUCUUUGUGGCUAGAGUGAACUAUGACACAACAGAAUCCAAGCUCCGGAGAGAGUUUGAGGUGUACGGACCCAUCAAAAGAAUCCACAUGGUCUACAGUAAGCGGUCGGGGAAGCCCCGAGGCUACGCCUUCAUCGAGUACGAACACGAGCGAGACAUGCACUCCGCUUACAAGCACGCAGACGGCAAGAAGAUUGACGGCAGAAGAGUCCUUGUGGACGUGGAGAGGGGCCGGACCGUGAAGGGCUGGAGGCCCCGGCGGCUAGGAGGUGGCCUCGGUGGAACCAGGAGAGGUGGGGCUGAUGUGAACAUCCGGCAUUCCGGCCGGGACGACACGUCCCGCUACGAUGAGAGGGACCGGGACCGGGACCGCGAGCGGGAGCGCCGGGAGCGAAGCCGCGAGCGAGACAAGGAGCGAGAACGGCGACGCUCCCGCUCCCGGGACCGGCGGCGGCGCUCCCGGAGUCGAGACAAGGAAGAGCGAAGGCGCUCGAGAGAGAGGAGCAAGGACAAGGACCGCGAGCGCAAGCGGCGCAGCAGCAGGAGCCGGGAGCGGGCCCGGCGGGAGCGAGAGCGCAAGGAGGAGCUGCGUGGCGGCGACAACGGGCUGGAGGGGCUGGGCAACGACAGCCGAGACAUGUACAUGGAGUCCGAGGGGGGCGACGGCUAUCUGGCGCCAGAGAACGGGUACUUGAUGGAGCCUGCGCCGGAGUGAGGACGGCGUCUCCCCGCUCACCGGUUCGGACGUGUCCUGCCCACCCCUGCUGUCCUCUUCCCACCCGAGUUUGCCAGCCAAGGGUAGGAGUCUCUCAUUUGUUCUGGUCCCUUGGAUUUAAAAAUAAAAUUAAUUUCCUGUUGAUAA